UAAAUGCCAUCACUAUUUGCGUUGACCAUAUUUAAGCGGGAAAAUUUUUGGGUAUUCUGCCUAUAAACAAAGAUGAGCCGCUCAAACAGAAUGUUUGGCGAUAAUGCCUUUAAUUUACUAAAGGAUCUUCAGCGAUCGUCACAGACUAUACCAGCUUUCGACGAUGACGGCGUACGACAGGUUCUGGAGGAGAUAAAAGCGAUUUUUGAGGAGAAUGUGGCACAAGCGUCCAAUUACAACAGUUCAGGAGAUCGCAGUUUGUGGCCCCUGCUCAACUACAGGCAUGCGGCACUUCAGCGAAAUAAACGUUGUCUUCUGGCUUACCUAUAUGAGCGAAUGCAGCGUAUCAAAGCCAUGCGUUGGGAGUUCGGCCCUAUUAUACCCAGUGAUAUAAAGCCAGCACUCUGUGAGCCAGAAGUGCAAUUCUUCAAUAACUACUCGAAGUCUCUGGCAGCAUAUAUGCGCUCCGUUGGUGAUGGACAAGGCAUUGACUUAACUGGUAACUUACGUCCACCGAAGUCUCUAUAUAUUGAGGUACGAUGCGUGGAGAAUUAUGGCAAGUUUGAACUGGAUGACGGCGAGGUUGUUCAUUUAAGGAAAAACAGUCAGCAUUACUUGCCUCGAGCCCAAGUGGAACCGCUGGUACGUCAGGGUAUUCUACAGCACAUAACUUAGGGUAUAAAUAAUAGAUGCUUAAAUAAAGCAUAGAUAAAUAUU